CCAAUCUGCCAAGGCUGCACUCCACCACUAGGCUUCCCAUCGGCCUAUCGCCGCUCUCCUCCAUGCUGACGACGAGACCCGGAAGCCCCGAGCUGCCUGCUUUGUUUUGUUUUGGUUGCAGGAGUUGGAUAAGAGGCAGACAGGCAGAGGUCCGUGCGGGAGAGAUCCGCUCACUAAAUGGGGAGAGCCAUAUCGGGGAUGGAAGAUGACGGACCGAUAGCUGACGCAUGUAAAAUGCCGAGUUUUAUCAGCAGUUUCGAGGAGGGGAGGGUGAAAUUGUCCCGCAACCUGCCGACAGAAACUUCCUUCACGGACAGCAAAGUUGAGCGGUCGGUCAGAGAUUUGAGCAGUCGCAUCACCAGAUCAAACUCACGGUUAUCCCUGGACGGAGGUGAGAGGGAGUCGGAGGAGAGGAGCAGCGAGGAGGAGAAGGAUGCGAAGGGCAACAACAACAACAACUGCAACGGCGGAGGAGGAGGAGGAGAGAGGAGGAGGGCGAGCGCCGUCGAGAUUCUGAGGAGGAAUUUCGGGGUUUCAAAAUCUCCCUCUCUCCGUUUAAACACAAACAGUCGGAUGCAGUGCGGCGCCGAGCACGAAAACCACGAAGGAAACGUUAAUAACGACGUUACAAACGGUUAUGGAAGUGAGUGUGGCGACUGUAAAAAGUCGGACCGUGAAACGGGCGAAGCAGUGACUGAAAACGAGCCAACCUUGAGCGACUUGACGACUUCGGAUGUACCAGGAGUUGGAUUUGUAACCGUUACAGGUCAGUGCCAUCAUAAAUGUGACAGCGACAGCAACACAGUCACUCUAGAUGAGCCUGUUAAUACUAAAGAACACGUCUACUGCACUGUGUACUGCAUCGCUAACGACAGUCAUCGAAAAGAUGUUGAAAUCACAGACGAUGAAACGGUCACCUCUGACGCACCAGAAAUGGACUUGGAGACAGGACAGGAAGCGGACUCGAGUCCCGAACCGGCACUGUACAUAUUGGACGAUCUGGUGGAUCCUUUCGGGGAUAUGGCCCACCGACUGUCCAUGGAACAGGCCGGUGCAGAGACUACGAUGCAGAGUUGCCGGGUGUGCCUGGAAGGGAAAUCCAUCGCACCCCUGCCCUGCUGCAGGAGGGCCGUGUGUGAUGAGUGUCUGAAACUCUACGUCAGCUCCCAGGUGCGAGUAGCCAAAUCUUACAUCAGCUGUCCGAUCCCAGAAUGCAGUGGCUACCUGGAGGAGGGGGUGGUGAUUUCCCAUUUAGCCAAUGAAGACGUGGCAAAAUAUCGUUACUUUUUGGAGCUGAGUCAGCUGGACUCAAGCACCAAACCCUGCCCCCAGUGCAGUCAGUUCACCUCUCUGAAGGAGCACAACCCCAACCGCUCCGAGCACAAGUACAAGAUCCAGUGUAGCAAUUGCCAGUUUGUGUGGUGCUUUAAAUGCCACGCACCAUGGCAUAAUGGGGUCAAAUGUCGGGACUACAGGAGAGGAGACAAGCUGCUACGAAGCUGGGCUAGUGUCAUAGAGCACGGACAAAGAAAUGCCCAGAAAUGUCCACAGUGCAAGAUCCAUAUCCAACGUACAGAGGGAUGUGACCAUAUGACUUGUACGCAGUGCAACACUAACUUCUGUUACCGCUGUGGAGAGCGCUACCGACACCUAAGGUUUUUUGGGGACCAUACAUCCAACCUCAGCGUGUUUGGAUGCAAGUAUCGCUAUCUACCUGAUAAACCUCAUCUGAGACGGCUAAUUAGAGGGUCUGUCUGUGCCACUAAGGUGCUGAUAGCUCCGGUGGUCAUUUUACUGGUCGUGGUGCUCGGAGCUCUCGCACUGGUGAUAGGUUUGGUCGCUUUCCCGGUCUACUAUGUGUGUAAGAGGAGGAAGAAGCAGCGCACACAAGACUCCGGACAGUGGAUCUAAAACCUGCUCUGCAUUUCAUCUAGACCAGGCACACACAACUUGAAAGACGAUGAUCACAUCUCCUCAGGGAUGAACACGCCAGCCUGAGUCAUCGCAAAAGUCUGAAAUUAACAAUGGCAAUUAGCGACGUACAUAAACCAAUAGAGUGAUGCCUGGAUAAUCACACGGCAUCAAGUCGAGAGCAUUUUGUAUCUAAUGGGACCACUGCUGCAAAAGGAAUGCUUUAUCAGAAUAUACUGGAUAUUCCACCACUGUGCUCUUCACAUGAUGGAAGUGUUUGACUCCCUUAAAUCUCACUUCAAUUUCACAGCCGUCAGCAAUUUUAAGCAGAGAGCUUUCUCUUGUCCCGGACACAUUACAGGAAGUUUCAGCUGGGUACACUUGCAGCUUUUCACUCUUCCUUCACACAUUUAACAACAGCUAUCUUUCAGGAGAACAAACACAGGUAAUAGACGGAUGCAGUUUUGUUUACACCCGCACUUGUGAGAAUGUGUCAAAGGAGCAGGCUUGGAGCCUGUUGGUUAGCCUGAUAUGAUGACAUGUAAGAAUAUUGUGGGUGGAACAUUUUAAAUGUUUGACAGCGUUGGAUACUGGAAAUUAUGAACCCUGACUGCUGGAAGAGCGUGAAAAGGAUAGGAGGAGCUCACAGAUGAAUAACAGAGAAAUGUGAGGAAAUAAUAUCUUCCUUAUUGAACUUCAGUCAUUUGUGCUGCAGUUGGCAAGGAAAAAGUGCAAGAUGGAAACUGAAUGUGGAACAAGCAAUGAUGGAACAAAGCUGGACAUUGAAUUUGUUCAUCUUCCUCUGUUUGAAACUCAAUUUUCAUUGGAUAUUGAAAAUUCCCAUUGCGAAUUGAGUCAAGCACACACUAUUCAAAAUAAUAUGAGAUGACUGAACUCGGAGGGAUGGGAAGAUGAUAUUUAACUAUUCUUAAGUUUUGCUAGAAGGUUUGAAAGUUGAGUCGUGUGUCCCCUCUCUAAGAGUGACACCUAGUUUUAAAGGCCACACCCACCUUAGCUUUAAAAAGGGGUCCCUUUUGCAAACACACAUUCAGCCCACUGACCCCUAAAUGAAAUAUUGGAAACGCCAAGUGGAAUUUUAGCAAACCUCCAUUGUUUUCUGUUGUGGUUUUCCAUCAACUCCUCCUCCUACCUGUCCCCCGUCUUCCUCACCAUCUGCCUGGCUGGAUGGUGGCUCACACGCACCCUCCCUGCCUGGCAGGUCGUCUCUGCUGUGCCCACAUACUGUAUUGCCAGUAUCUGCAUCAUCAAAGAAAAAAGAAAAAAAGCUGCUGUGCGGCAAUUGUGCCAAAACAAAUCGCUGAAUGUGGCACGACAGACCCUGUCCCUUUGUUAGAUUUUUUGUGUUACUGUUUUGUAAGGGUUGCCUGUUGCAGAGGUUUGGGUGGUGAUGCUGUCAGUGUGUAGUGGAGUGAAGAAACAGAUUUAGAGGCUCUGUCAGAUUACAGAAGCUGUUGGAAUACACAUUAGAUAGUUCUUCCCAAAUAACUUCCCAGAAGAAAUGACUGAACAUACUAUUGCAAAUGGUACCUGUAGAUAAAUAGAAUAAAGUAUUUAAGAUUUUAUUUUUCCUUUUUAUGUAGUCUGGGUGACAGCUUACUUAAGAGCCAAACAGGGUGUUUGGUUAAAGAAAUGAGUUCAGAGGUUAUCAUCGAAUUGCUGUGCACUGAAAAUGUGGUAGAUUAUAUUAGGAUGUUAAUUAUUAGGUGAUCAGGUUUUCAAGGUUUUGAUGCAGCGUUUGAUUUUUGCAGUGAUAAGAGGACAGUCUGCUCGAGAGUUUGGAUUGUGACAUAGUGGUUUUUAACGUACACAUUCAUGCUGGCACAUACUGCAAGAAAGCACACACAUGGAGUGCUGCCAGGAAAAAAGGAGAUUUUCAAGAGCUUUAAAGGUUGUCACCUGGCAGCAGCCAGCUUGCUGUCCUUCACUUAUCCCUGUAUCCUCUCGUCCCUGCUGGCAGUCCUUCGUUUUGAAAAUGAGUUCACAUCCGCUGGAGCUGUGGUUGCUGUUCAUCCAAACUGGAUGCUUUUGAGCCUCUGAUAUGUGAAAAUAACAGAGCUACCUGUGGUGCACGCUGCGGUCAAUUACAAGUGUUUUUCCACAUCAGUCACAGAUUUUGUGUGUGUUUAUCCCACCCCUUCAUGGAGCGAUCUGUUUUUUUGUUACCAUCAUGAGAGGUUUAUGAAGACAUUUUAAUGGAGAGACUCAAGGAAAAGAAACAAAAAGACAAGGACGCGUACAACAUAUGUGCACACAAGAGAUGCUACAGUGAAGUGGAAUGAUAAAAUGAUAGAAAGUUGAGGGUAAAUCCACUGGAAGCAAACGCUCACAGUGAAUAUAGAAAGAUUCAAUGCAUUUUAAAAUCUGAAGCGGUUACCAGUGCAAUAUAUCCUAAAUGGCAUGAAGGAAAAGCAGGGUUGAUGUUCAUGCAUGUUGGACAUUUUAGCAGUGCAAUGCCAUGAGCUUGGCUUUUGUCCCAGGGAUCAGAAACAUUUUCUACAUCUGGGAGUUAACAAAUACCAACUGUUCCUAAAGGGCACAGAAAAUAUUGUUACACACUGCUUUCAGUAGGUCCUGACUCUGGGUUUGAAUCCACUCUCAGGGAUUUUGUUGUCUGUUCACUGUACCCAGAGCCCUCCAUCUCCAUGAGCUGUGCCACAGAAAUCAGCACCGCAGUGGCAAAUGCUUCCUGAUCCGUUUGCCCAGAGCUGCUUAGCAACCAUAUUUAAUUCCAGGAAGUAAAAACACUGUGUCAAAAGAGAUCUCAGUAAUGCAAACGCUGUCUGUGUUUCCCAACCUGACUCAGCUGUGUUGUGAACGCUGUGUGGGGGGUCAGGGGUUGGAUCUGGGACGAAAAAGUGGAACAAGAAAGUAUGUAUUAGUAAAUCAGCACUGAGAAAUUAAAUGUGCUGCGCCAAACAAAAACAUUUAAACUAUCUACUUAAUUGUUCACUUGCAUCAUAUGCAUACAUGUUUUAUCUAACUGCUCAGCUAGUAUCACACUGACAUGUUGAAUCGCUGCAUUUUUGUUUUGUUUGAAUGACAUAUGACUGAUGUGAUGGAUAUUUGUACUUAUUGGCUGAUUUGUACUAAUUGUCUCUAGCACAGAGAAAUGCAUCAGCAGAGUGAAAUUAGUUUAAUUUACUGUCAUAAAUGUACUUUUUUUUUUUACUAUUUCCAUGGCAUUUUAGCAAAAACUUUGCCCUGCAGUUUACACUGUACCACCGCUGAAAUGUUAAGUCCAUUGAUUAGCUCAUUGCCAGAAAAUUAACAAAUGGCAUCUUUGAUAACUGAUUAAUCAUUUACAUAAUUUAUCAAGUAACAAUACCUAACAUUUGCAUGGGUCUGCCCCUCAUGUCUGAUUUCUUAUGUGUGUUAAUUCGGAAUUCUGCUGACUGAUUCAUUGUUAAGAUACCAUGUGGAAAUGCCAUCAUUUGCUUUGUUUUGUUGUUGUAUUCUUACAUAUUACUUACUUGAUCACUGACAUUUAUCAAAACACUAAGCAACUGUUUGGGUAAUGCUUUAACAAGCAAAAAAAAAAAAGUUGCUCUAUAUCAAUUCAGCAAGAGUUAUUUUGGCCAAUGAUUUUUCCUCUGCUGGGGUGUAUUAGCUGGCUCAUACCCCUGGCCUUUUUGUUUGUUACAAUCCCAGUGAUAAUGGCAUAAAUAUGCAAUAGUGCCAUCACAGCCAUUAUAGAUCAGGGUUUGCCACCCUGCAUGACUCCAAAGAUCCCAAAUGGAGGUAAAAUCUAUCACAACCUCACCAAGUUAUGUGUUAGAACAGCUAAAGAAAAGUGUAAUAUAAUAUGGGGCUUCUCAUGUAAAAGUGUAUGGAACCGCUGUUAAAUAUAUCUACGGAUCUGUUACCCCAACGCACUGGGCAAUGUGCAGUGCAAUCAGGCCUUCAAUUAACAAUGUGUGUUUUUCUGCUAAAACUGUUUUUUUAAUAGCUAAAGAUUAAACCAAACCUCUAAAAUUGUACAGGUGCCACAAUCCAGGCUGUCAGCUACGUCCCAAAUACUCUUGUAGUUUAUUGCACUUUAUUUUGGCUCAUACCAACCUCACUCUUUGGCCUCUGUAGAUAAGAAGCAGUAGGAUGACUGUCGUAAGGCUGCUAUGCACUAACAUGCUCAGUAAAGGAAGUGAGUACACCAAAUGUGUCAUUUUCGGCAAAUCAAAUGUCUAGUUAGGAACAAUACAUUAUAGGUUAAUUUCAACUCAGGAGGCAUGUGGAUAUUCCUUUUGCAGUAAAUGGUGUAACAUCAGGAUGGGUUUUCCCCAUCUAGACACGCAAACUUAUUGGAAAACGGCAAUGUUUUAUGUCCUCACACCACUUUGUUUUCAAGGGUAUUUCUAUUCAAAGAAAUGUCUCAAACUUGAUUAUUGUGCUCCUUGUUUGCACCAAGAACAGAUUCUUCCACCUGCUGCCACUGUUAAAAAUGUCUGCUGAUAUUAUCAUCGUCCACUUAGCCAGGCACAAACAUUGUUUUCAUCUGAGGAUCUGAUGAAGAAUAAACUAAACUGGGUCAAAUGCUAAAA